AUGCAACGUCUCGGAGGUCGCGUUAUCUACAUGGACGAAACGAGCUUCCCCGUCACGAAGGGCGAGACCCUCGAGGACAGCAUCCUCGUGAUGGCUGGCUGCUCGGACGUGGUAGUGCUGCGAUAUCCGGAAUCGGGAGCGGUCUCGAAGGCGGCCCACAUCUGCCGAAAGCCGUUGAUCAACGCCGGCGACGGUAUCGGGGAACAUCCCACGCAAGCCCUGCUGGACAUCUUCACCAUCAGGAAGGAAAUCGGAACGGAAUGGUCAGCCCAUUACUAUGGUGGAGGAUUUGCAGCAUGGCAGGACGGUGCACUGUCGCACACGUUCCUGCUCCGGCGCGGCCAGUUCGCCGGCGUUGAUCGACACGGCCACCGUCAAACCAUUGGGAGUGGCCGUCACGGACAAAUCAACUACUGA